CACUCGGUAAGAGGGGUCCAACUUCACCUUCAGGAUGAGGGCAGGGCAGGGCAAGUAGAGUAUAUCACCAAGUUCUAAGCCGACAUGUAUAAUUCUAAGAAUCAUUUCAUCACAAUAACUCGAGUUAUAUUGGACAAUAUUCAAUAAUGGAAUCUUAUAUCAUAUUACUAACACGUCCUCUCAAAAGAAACUAACUCAUAUGGGCUUGAAGUUUGCAUCUAUAGGCUCUGAUCAAUACCAUGUACUUAAUUAACAAAUGGGGUCGUUAGAAAUAUCCGAAUGGAAGAAGUCUCUGAUACCAUGUUAAUAAAUCAGAAUUCGAUGAAAAUUGUUGUCUCUUAUUAUUAAAACUACAAAGAAUUUAUAUAGAGACUACAAUGACAUCUUACCCAUAUAAUAACCCCUAUACUAAUAAGGAAAACACAUGACUCUAACAUAAAAACCAAAACUGCUGUAGUAAUUCAGUGUUUACAGUUUACAUCAUAUCAACUACUGCUGCACUGCAACUGCAUCAUCGUUGGCGGAACCGCCUUCUUUUAUAUCUAUCUGCAUGCCAAGUUCCUAGGUAGACUGAUUCCUUCACUCUCCUUUCGUCCUGUUGAUAUAUAAGGCAAUCACCUUAACGCAUCCAUAUCCAUCCAUCAAACACGUACCCUCCAGCCCAACAGAAAGGAAAGGAAGAAAGAAAAAAAAACGAGAAGAGGGAGUCAAGAAUGGCCAAGAGGAUAUUCGCAGUAGCAAUUUGCACCAUGUUUUGUUGCCUGCAGGUGAGCAGCAGCUUCGACACUAGCUUAUGCGCAGGAAGUGGCAGCACGGGGAUGUGCAGCACGGAUCCGCUCCCCGUGCCGACACGAGCAGCUCAAGACGACAUGAUGCUUAGUUUUAUGAUAUUCGACUUCAAAGACGGCAACGUUACGGGUUGCUACUCCAGAAGACACGAUGACGAUUUUCUAGCGCACGCCUCGUUUACUUGCGACGGCGCGCCUAGCGAGGCGUGCCGCCAGUGUUUGUCUGAUGGCUUCAACAUCCUCGAAGAAGGGUGCAAGGCCCGAGCCGGAGGGACCAUCUUGAUGCGCGACUGUUGUGUCAGGUACGAGACAGCUUACAACAUCUGCGGACAUCAUCGUCAUCAUUAACUAGCUAUAUAUAUAUGGUGGUGAUGAUCAGGGCUCAUGUGUACGCCAUUUGAUGAAUCGCUGAGAAAAAAAUCACGGCUACCAAGUUGCAUGUGGUUGUUGUUUUUGUUUUUGUACUAACUCCGAUCCGAGUAGAGUACUCAAUGUGUUGAAGGUGUUUGUACUUUUGCUCGAUGAAUAAAGCUUUUGUCAUGUCGAAACUUCGUCCUCGCCAUUAACUAACCGAAUUCAUCAAUUCCUUUUAAUGAAAGGAAUAAUUUAUCUUUCUUGGUACUGUUAUAAUAAUCAUCAAAAUAUCAUAAGAGAAUUGAGUUAUAAAGAUGACCAAACUCAUUAGGAUAAAAUCUAGUAAGCCUUAUUAGUUCCUCUUUUUUAAAAGCAACACAUUCAACCUGCGAAUUAAAACAAGUCAUACAAGUCAACAAUCUUGUAUUCACCUCAUCAAAGCGGUAGUUUAGCUUUUGCAGUUGCAUAUCAUGAAUCACCUACAACAAUUCAAUUAACCUGAUAAUAAUGCAAGAUUCGUCACUAUAAGAAGAGUGGAGAAUUGAGAAUUUAAUUUUCAGGGUUUGGAUGAAAAUUUUGGAAAUUUGGGUUUAAUCCAACUUUGUUUUAGAUUAUAAUUAUGAUUAUUUUUUUAAACAUAACAACAAUUGGUUUGUAGUGUAAUGGAUAACUGUUUUUUUAAUAAUUAUCGUGUUGUGAGUUUGAACCACAAAGACUAUCACUUAUUGAAUUUUUUUCUCCUCCAAAUUCAAACUACUACUUGGAGAUCUUCAAAUUUUAGGAAUGCCUCAUGACACCCCUAAAAGACCAAAAAUUCAUUUCUAACCCAAACUCAAACUAAGUACCAAGAGUCUUUGUUAAAAUUUUCCCUAAAUUUUAAAGGUAUCCUGCACUCUGGGCAAAAUUCUUUACUAAGCCUCUGCCACCAACACCAAUCCCAAUGUCCACAAUCUGUGUCCAUCAUAUGAGAGAAAAAUAUCAAUUUUUAAUGUCGGCUGACAUACCUUGUCAUGUAGUGGCCAAAAUUAUUCUUGCCUAUUUAAACUAAGAGACGAACAACAUGAAAUCAAAUUAAACUAAGAGUGAACGAGAUGAAACCAACUCUAUUCAUAUUUAAACUAAGAGACGAAUAAGGAAAAAAUCAAACUAAUAGAUAGAUAGAAACCAAAUAAUUAAGUCUAGGGUUCUCAGCCAACUUCUUGGUGUUAUUGUCAAUAUGGUAAUGAUUCAUCCUCUAUAUAUGCAUCAUUGUCUGAACCGCCUUCUCUAUCUUCCUCUGCAUGCCAGUUUCCUCGGCAGACCGAUUCUUCCACUCUCCUUUCGUUCUGUCGUAAUCGUCGAACAAAAAUAAAUCGUCCCC